AUGGCUGCCUCCAUCCCAGGCAGAGGCAGGGCCAGGUCUGAGCCAGCUCUGUUUCCUCCAAGUGUGCAUACUUUUGUUGGUACUGGCAGCCUCUGCCUUAGUGACGAGCAACACUGCAGUAAGAGGGGCUGGAGCAGGAGCCCAAUGUGGGCUGGGGGGCUGUGCUGGGGUAGUCCUGGCAAGCUGGCCAGAGCCCCAGUUUUCAAUAUGCUGUUCUGCCCUGUGACUGGGAGCCAACAAGUCUGUGUGCACACUCUUCAUGAGCAGACUCUUGGUUUCUUACUGGCCUCCAGCCUUGUGGCGAGCCUGGCGCUGCUCUCCCCCACCAGCAGCUGCUUGAGCAAGUAGCAGCUGGUAGUAGGCACUGUGCUCUGUCUGCUGGCUCCUCUGGUUCUGGUUAAGCAGCUGAUGAGCUCAGCUGAGCUGGACAUGAACUGCGUGUGUCAGCUGCACAGCUGUGGAGGUGAUGAUGCCAUCGUGGUGCUGCUUGGUGGCCGUCUACUGGUCACCAUCCUGGUGCUGGCUGGCCUGGCCAUUUCCCCUGCUUGGCCACUGGCUGCCAUGUUGUCAGUAGGCAUUGCUCUGGUUGCCUCAGGCUCACUCUUGCUGCUGGGUUUGCUGCUGUAUCAAGUGGGUGUGAUUGGACACUGCCUACCCUUCUGUGUGGCUGCCUGCCCACCCCCUGCUGCCCAAGGUGACCACCACAGUGGCAAUGGAAGCAUCUUCAGCAUGUCACGAUGGUUGUCUGCUGGCCAGUGUCAUGCAACCACAUCCAGCCUCAUAUGA